AUGUCUCAAAAUAAUAGCAACAACAACUCAACAACAAAUUUGUCUGAUACUACUUCAGACCGCGUUCAAACACCACAGUUAAAUGCUGAGGUUAUGGAUAACUCUCUAAACAACUCGCCAUACCAAAGAGAUAGUAAAAUUAAUAAUAGUACGGGAAGUCUUGGAUCAAAGCCAAUGCUGCUAAAUCAGCAGUUACCAAAGUUGAAUACUGGAACUGCAAUUUUUAAUCCACCACCAAACUUGUCACAAAUGGGAAAUUCAAUAAACUUGUCGCCAACUUUGAAUGGACAACCAUCUUCAAGAAAAUCAUCAUUCAUUGGUAAUGUUAAUGGCUCGCCAAUAAAUAGCUUGGGAAAUAGUUCGAGUAAUUUGAUGAAUUCAAUAACUAAGCUAUCAUUAAACACUUCUGGGCCAAAUGAAUCAGAGAUAAAUGAAAAAAAUAAUCUUAGUUUAGGUCCAGGGGUUCCAGUGAAAUUAAGAAACUUACCCUUCGACUUGACCUCAAGAGAAGUGUCUGCAAUCUUCAGUUUGGCUAGUGAUUUUAAUGGAGCUGAUUUAUUCUAUGAACAAGGAAAUAACUUGGUGAUUAAUGCCAGAUUUUCAUCAAUCAGUGAGGCCACAAGAGUCGCCUCAAUUUUAGAUGGAAAAAAAAUCUUUGGUUUGAAUUAUUUACCAGUUAAGGUUGAUUUUGAUGAACUAACCAGCUAUAUACAACAGGCCAAGAACCAAAAGUCGAAUGCUAAUAACAAUAUUCCUUCAAGCGCCACACUAAUGAGCCCAAGUGUUAAUAUUAAUUCGUUGGCAAACAAUUUGCCAUUAUCGUCCCCGCAAGCGAUCUCCUCCCAAAGUCCAUUGUAUCCAUCUCAACAAAUCACUUUACCAAAAAGACAUUCAAACUCAAAGGCAGCCACCAGAUCAAGGUUUUUGUUUAAUAACGGUGAUUUCACUAGCAAUCUGAUUACUGAAAAUAUUUCUAGCCCGGUCGAGUUACCUCCAACAACUCCCACGACUGGAAAUGCUGGCAAGUCAUUAAUUAUGAUGGAAAAUCAAGCCGAUGCUAGGGAAUAUGAGCAAUUGGUGAGGGACCCUUGGAAUAGUAAUGGUAAUAGUGUCAACAACGUCGGGGGAAAUGUUAGUUCUAAUAUUCAAGAAAAUAAUCAAAUCAUUAAUAAUUUGGGCACAAACUUGUCAACUCAACCACCAACGCCUAUUGGUUUUGAAUGGGGUUCUGGUGAGAAUAAUUCAAAUACUAGAAGAACAAGUUCGUCAUUUUUUCCUAAUGGUGCAAAACAAUCCGCUCAGCCUAUCAUGGUGCCGCAACAAAAUAAUGUGGUGAGUGGAUUAAAUAAAAGCUCAUCACCACCAAACCCCAAUAUUACUAGCUUGAAUGUGAACACUAAUCUUGGACCUAAUAAUACUAAUCCAGGAACUAAUCCUAACACCCCUAUUACUGCUCCUGGCAGUGCUGCUCCUAGUGGUGUUGAUUUGUCUCUAUUAGCUAGACUUCCUCUACCAUCUAAUCCAGCGGAUCAAAAUCCACCAUGUAAUACUCUAUAUGUCGGUAAUUUGCCUCCAGAUGCCACCGAGGCUGAAUUGAGAGCCUUGUUUUCCCCUCAGAAAGGGUUCAGACGUCUUUCCUUCAAGACAAAGGCUCCAAGCAGUAAUGGUAAUGGUAGCUCACAUUCGCAUGGUCCUAUGUGUUUUGUUGAAUUUGAUGAUGUUGGUUAUGCUACCAGAGCUUUGGCAGAAUUGUAUGGUAGCCAGCUUCCUAGACCUGGUGGUAUGCAAUCCAAUAAGGGUGGUAUCAGAUUGAGUUUCUCUAAAAAUCCAUUAGGUGUUAGAGGCCCAGGCCAGAGAAGAGGUAGCUCAAAUUAUAACAAUAAUUUCCAAGGUUAUAAUCCAAGCUACCAACAACAGCAACCUGUCCCUCAACAAAUCCCACAAACCCCACAGCACAUUCUCGUUCAACAGCAAACCCAACAACAACCUCCAUCUUCAGCACAAAUCCAAUCCCACCAACAGCUUUCUCACACUCAACAACAGUCACAGAAUAAUGGCAAUAUUGGACUUUUGAGCACAAUCACAAAUCAAGCCUCAUUAGCUUGA